CGAGGCUGCUGUGGCCAUGGGGCUCCUGGAGCCAGCUGGGGCGAGGGAGCCUGGUGACUCUGAUCUCCCCUGGGGGUGCAGGAGGUCCAGCCAUGCCAGUCUUGAAGGACGCCAUGCCCCUCAUGAAGGAGCCCCAUCCCCUGCCUCAGGCCCCGCUUCCCUGGAUCCUCCCAAGCCUGUUUGCUGCCUUCAAUGUGGUGCUGCUGGUAGUUUUCAGUGGCCUUUUCUUUGCGUUCCCUUGCAGGUGGCUGGCCCAGAAUGGGGAGUGGGCCUUUCCUCUUGUCACAGGCCUCCUCUGUGUCCUCACCUUCUUCAGUCUCGUUUCACUCAAUUUCUCAGACCCGGGCAUCUUGCAUCAAGGCUCCAAUGAACAGGGCCCCAUGAUGGUGCAUGUGGUGUGGGUGAACCAGAGGGCCUUCCGUCUGCAAUGGUGCCAAAAGUGCUGCUUCCACCGCCCACCCCGGACCUACCACUGUCCCUGGUGCAACGUCUGUGUGGAAGACUUUGACCACCACUGCAAAUGGGUUAAUAACUGCAUCGGUCACCGUAACUUCCGCUUCUUCAUGCUGCUCGUCCUGUCCUUGUGCCUCUACUCGGGUGCCCUGCUGGUGACCUGCCUGAUCUUCCUGGUGCGCACAACCCACCUGCCCUUCUCCAUGGACAAGGCCAUGGCCAUCCUGGUGAGCGUACCCGCCGCCGGCUUCCUGGUGCCACUCUUCCUGCUGCUGCUGAUCCAGGCCAUGUCGGUGAGCGCGGCCCAGCGCUCCUGCGAGGGUAAGUGCCAAUACCUGCAGGGAUACAACCCCUUCGACCAUGGCUGUGCCAGCAACUGGUAUUUAACAAUUUGUGCACCGCUGGGACCCAAGUACAUGGCUGAAGCUGUCUGGCUGCAGAGAGUGGCGGGGUCUGACUGGGUGCCCAUGCAGAACCUGCACUUCCCAGUGUGCCCCUCGGUGCUCCGUCCCCCAGCCCUCUCAGACCCUGGCUCUGGCCCCCAGCCCCAACCUCUGAGUCUCCACAAACCAGGGAAGGGUCCCUCAGGGAGAGGCUCUAGUUUUCCAGGAGGUUCAGAACUGCUACAUUAGGAGGUGAUGAUGGGCACUAACCACGCUGCUUCCUGCCACCCUCGUUGCCAGGCGAGCUCAGGAUGUGGUGAAGGUGAGAGGAAGGCAUGUCAGCAGAGGACCAGGUGAACACCUCAGGGUCCCAUGGAGGUUUGUGUGCCUGUAUGUGUAUUGUGGGGGUGGCAGGGGCUCAUCCUUUGGGGGUGCCAGCCCAGCCUGGAGAGGUGGGUGACCCACAAUGCAGGACGUAACUUUAGUUCUCUAUAUGCUGAGUGCCUCUCACUGCUGCCCUUCCUUCUUCCUCCUCCCUGGAAUGUCCAUGGCGGCUUUGGGCCCUUCCCUGUCCAGCCCCAGCUUUACCCCUGGCUCUGGCUCUGGCUCUGGCUCUCUGGGCCCCUGAACAGUCUUGCUCAACCCCAAGGACUACAGCUCUUUCUUGCCCCCUUUGCCCUGGUCUCAUGGACUCUCCAUGCCAAGCGCUCUCGGUGUUCAAGCCUUUUCUCAGCUCUCACCCCUGCUUAACUCAGAGUUAACCUUGGGUUCUGGGAGGGGUGCAGGGUACUCACUGGCAUACAGAAAGGCAGCCUAGUUUUGGCCUUGUUGCAAAUGGCUUCGGUGGCCACAUUUAAAAGUCUUAGGGCCAGCAUUUACAAAUAAAGGUGAAGCAGUCGUAUCUGUCUGGGAAGCCUGUAGUCCAGGGGUGCCUGGGGAGGGGAAGAGGGCAUGAGACCUUUUGAGCCCCCAACCCCAGGGGUGUAUGUGGUGUAUGUGUUCAUCACCUGUCUGGGUGGUUUCAGAGGGCACAGCUCAGCCCUGGCUGCCCAGCAGUGAGGAGAGUUGCAGGCCUGCUCCCAGAUGGGAGUCCUCUGAGCCUGGGCCAGAGAAGAAGAGAGCCCAGGAAUCCUGAGCCAAGGCCUGGAUGUUCAGGGAACUGGCUGAGUACCCAGGUGGUGCCUGCCUGGAGCCCCAGCUCUGCCGGGGCCUGAGAAAGCCAGGCCCCAGGGUCUGGAAGGCCUAGUCCUGCUCUGCCACAUGGCCUGUUUCUCUGCUGCUCUGCCUGGUUCAGAGCCUGGCGACUGGUCAUUAGGACUGAACCUCCUGGGUCACUGCCCCCAGCUGUACAGGGGACUCACCCCCUCUCCAACAGGGCUUUCCAAGUCUUUAUAAGAAUUUUUUUAAUAUUUAUUUUAGAGAGAGACAGAGAGAGACAGAGCAUGAGUUGGGGAGGGACAGAGAGAGAGAGGGACACAGAAUCUGAAGCAGGCUUCAGGCUCUGAGCUGUCAGCCCAGAGCCAGAUGCGGGGCCCGAAUUCAUAGGCUGUAAGAUCAUGACCUGAGCUGAAGUUGGAUGCUUAACCAACUGAGCCACCCAGGCGCCCCAGAGCUUUCCAAGUCUUAAGCUAGGUGUGAGUCAUCUCCCCAAAAGCCUGGGCCUCAGUUUCCCCAUUAGGCAAGGGCAUAACUUUUCUUAGGUUCUCAAAGGCAGCCAUGACUCCUCUGCUCUGGGGCAUAGAUUUUGGGUCUCUCUCGUCCAUCCCAAACUGAGGUUUUUAGGAUUUCUUUAGAAAGCCCUUUGGAUCAGGUUCCUCUGCUCCUCAAAGGGUAAGUGGACCUAGCUUGCCCCUUCCUGUGACUCCGCCCACACCCAUCCCCUAAGCCUUAGACCCACCCUCAGAAAUUCUUUCCUUCCAGACUAAAAGCUUCAGCUGAGCUGCACUCACCUUGCCUCUGUGCUCCCUCCCCACUUCUGCUGAACCUGCCCUUGAUUCUCAGAUAUACCCCUUGGAGCCCUUGGCCCACUGAUAAGAGCAGGGGUAUUAUCCGAGUCCAGUUAUGGGGCCAGCUCUCCCCACACCCAGAAAGCCCUGCCAUCCUUGCCUUCCCUGGACAGAAGCCAAGGAGUGACCUCUCACUCCGUAGGGCUGCCAGGUAUCCACGGGCCUGGAGCUCUUCUGAGGUCCCCAGCCCAUACCUGGAACCUCGUGGAGGGGUUUGGACCUGGGAUGGGGAGCCCAGAAGUGGCUGUGCUUUUGUCAUUUCUAGACUUUUCCUCCAUGGGCCUGCUAGAAGGUCAGGGCAUGUGGUGUGGGAAGAGCACUGGCUUGGGUGUCCUUCAGCUCUGCCACCGAUUAGUAUGCUAUGGGAAUGAGUCUCUUCCCUCUGCUCGGCCUCAGGUGCCUUGUUGUAAAUAGGACAAUCAGCAUGGCUACCUCACAGGUGGUCACAGGAUCCCAACUCUUUCAAGCUGCGAGGGACUCAGGGGUCACCUUCUCCAGCUGCCCCUCCACCCCCAGUUUCACAGAUGGAGAUUAGAGAGGGAAGGGAUUGCCUAAGAUGACACGGUAUCCAAGCCAGGUGGAGUUCUGUUUGCCAGGCUGCCUCUUCCAUUCUUGCUCCGGGGACCAUUCUAGAGGAGCAAGGACUUGGGCAGCCACUACAGGGCCCCACCUUCCAGCCCCCAAGCUUCAGAGCCAGGCAGUGCCUUUCAGCAUAGUGCUUGGGGAGCCGAUAAGAAGGCCUGGCUUAACUCUGUCUCCAGCCCUGAGCUGGGAGUGAUAAUCAUGCCCAGCCCUGCCCUGCCCUGCCUGCCCCACCCAGGAGGGCACUGCUGGUGGCUGAGGGUGGGGUAGGGACUGAUGGGGCAGAGGAGGUUUGCCGCAGUGAGGGAUCAGGGCCCAGAAUCCUACUGUGUCGCAGAGCCCAGGCCCCUGGUCGAAUGACCCUCCUGGGCCCCUGGCCCAGUGCCUCGUACCCAGGUGAUGCUCCCCCAGUGCCCACAUCCUACUCUUUAGUUCCUGUGUGUGGAGUGUGCAGGGCUGAAGGUUUGGCAGGCCCUGUAACGGGUGACGAAAGCUUCACUGAGCACCGCUGGGGCCUGCCCAGGGACAGGGGUUCGUAUGCGCUUUUUUAAUCCUCACAACCCUCUGAAGUUGUCACGUUUUAGAGAUGAGGGAAUCAGCACUAAGCAAAUAGGCCUCUUCCCCAGGGUCACACUUCUAAGAGGCACAGCCACAUCCCUUUUAGCCUUCACCAUUGCACUGUACUUCUAUAGGCAGUUAUAUAUGUAUUUUUAAUUUUUUUAAUGUUUACUUAUUUUUGAGAGAGAGAGAGACAGAGUGCAAGUUGGGGAGGGGCAGAGAGAGAGGGAGACACGGAAUCCAAAGCAGGCUCCAGGCUCUGAGCUGUCAGCACAGAGCCCGAUGCGGGGCUCGAAUUCGUGGACUUCGAGAACAUGACCUGACCUGAAGUCGGACGCUCGACCGAUUGAACCACCCAGGUGCUCCAGCAGUUAUAUUUUAUUUCAGUUUGUUACAGUAGUCCCCCUUAUCCACGGGGGUAUGCUCCAAGACCCCCAAUGGAUGCCUGAGACUGGGGUACUACUGAGCCCUAUGUAUCAGAUAAUAAAGUUUCAUUUAUACAAUAGGCACAAUAAGAUUCACAACAACAACUGAAAGUAAGCUGGAACGAUGAUAACAAAACACUAUAAUAAAAAUUAUGUGAAUGUGGUCUUUCUCUCAAAAGCUCUUGCUGGACUGUACUCACCAUUGUGGUGGUGAUGUGAGAUGAUUAGAUGCCUACCAGUCGAGCUGUAGUGAGGACAACGGCAUCAGCAUCUUGACACAGUGUUAGGCUAGUGUGGGCCUUUUGACGACAUCUCAGAAGGAGGCUUGUCUGAUUCGAGACCACAGAUGACCCUGUGUGAGUAACUGAAACCGUGGAUCAGGGCAGACUGCUGUUGUGGUUGAGACCUGGGCUCGGCAGCCAGACUGCCGGCUUCCCCUGUUGUGAAAGGAGAUACACUGUUGCCCCUCGUAGCGCUGUUCCGAGGGUACAUCAUGCAGGGCGUGCAAAGAGCUGGGCUCAGCACUGGCACCCUGGAGGUGCUUGAUUGAUGGUGGUGAUCAUGGCCUCCGUGUGAUAGAGGCGUUGCCCAGAGUCGGGACUUGGUGAUCUCCUGUGGCCUCAGGAUGCUGGUCACCAUGGCAACAGCAGCCUGCCUCUGCCCGGUUUGCUGUGGGUUCCCUAAUGGCCAGGCUGCAAAGGUGAAGGGUGCUGCUUCAGAGGGGAGAUUUUGUGGUCAUGUUUUAGAGAAAAGCAACCAAUGUCAGUGUCUCUGGGCCAAAGGAGAAUGGAGGGGUGGCCUGAGAGUCUUCAAGAGAACAGCAGGAUGACCACCCAAAGGCUCUGCCCUCCCGCGUGGUGACAGAGUUUCCUGUUAAGAAAACACACUGUUGCUUCUAUUUUGGGGCCAGAUAGUGUCCUAGGCUGAAGGAGGUCAAAGCUGUGGUCAUCUGAACCCUGUGUUUGAGCUGUGCUUGGAGCUCCUGCCUGCUCUCCCCUCUCCCUGUGGCCAGUCCUUCCCUCACCUCAGUCUUUGCUCCCCACUUCUCACCUCCCCCACCCAGCCUCGCUUCACCAUUCCCAACCCCCAGCUGUUCCUGGACUACAGCUUCCAGGAACUCAAAGUUAACUGUCUGGCAACUUUCAAGUAAUACCUUUUAACUGUGAUUCUUGGAAGGCCCUGGGCUUGGGUGUGGAAACCCACAGAGCUCUGGGCCAGGCCAGAGGCAGGGCCUGCACAGGGCGCCUUUGUCUGUCUCCAACGGGGCUUCCUCCUCCCAGCCAGGCACACGCUUUCACAGCUUUCUGGUCAGGGCAGUUUUGCUGCUGAAAUUGGAGAUUCCCAAGCUGGAAGGGUCCCUCCUGAAUAUCUAGUUUCCUUCUCAGUGAGAAGAAAACCAAGGCACUAGUGGGGGAGGUUCAGUAGGGCCUCCCCCAGGUCACACACCUAAGUAGAGGCCAGGCGAGACUGGGUUCCAGAACUCCUGCUUCUGAGUCUUUCCAUCACUCCACCGUGAGCAACCAGGUGGGUCAGAGGCCUGGACUGUAAACCGGGAGGCACUCUUUCUUCUCCUGGAGGCCUAGUAGCUUGGGUCUGGUAGGCAAAAUCACGAUGACGACAAAAAUAGUAUCUGAGUGCUAACUGUGGGGUGAGUGCUUUGCGUUCUUUGCAUUAUCUCAUUUAAUCCUCAUAAUGACUUGUGGGGAAGGUGCUGCUGUUACUUUUGUGGAUGGGAUCCUGGGCAGGCCUUGGCCUCCAUCUCCCUGUCUGCAAGGACAGAAUUUUCUAGAGGCUCCCUGGGACUACUCUUACCCUGACCUGCUGGAAGUCCAUGACUCAGUGACCAGGAAGGAGGGCCCCUAGUCUGGGGACAAGCCCUGAAGUGGACAGGACUUUGUCAGGGCUUAUUGAAUGACCCAUUAGGGUCCUUUACCUGAACCUCAUCUGUCCCCUGGUAGCAGGCGAUGCAUUAGGUCACCAAGCAAGGGUACUAAUCCCUGGGCAGGACCCUUGGCCAUCUGUGCUGGAAAAGUCCUUUGCCCAGUGCUCACUAGAAAUCUGUCUGUUCCUCAGCCACUGACAGAAAUGGAAAGACUGCCCUAUCUGCCCUUUUCCUGGCCAGGACGGUGGGACUGUGUGGACAGGGCACAGACUGGGCAUCAGGAGAGCUGUGUUGGAAAGGAGCCCUUGCUGCUUCUGGUCGUGUGGCCCGGGAAAGCCCCUAUCAUCUCAGAGCCACUGUUCCUACAUCUGUGAAAGGGACACUAAAGGUCGUGCAGAGCUUCCUCAGCGCUGUGGGGUCACGCAGUGUACCAUGGGAAGACACUGACAUUCACUUCUUUGCACAGGCCACAGCUGAGUAGGUGUGGGGUUGCUGUGAAAGGAGCAGUAGGAGGGCCAUACUUGGUUUCAAGUCUUUGUCUCCAUUUCCCCUUCUUGGGCCUUCUUUUCCGGCUCUGGAUUUGGAUCAUUUGGAAAUGGUCAAAGCCAAGAAUGGGCCACCUCUUUUCUUUUUUGUUUUAAUUUUUUUUAACGUUUAUUCAGUUUUGAGAGAGAGAGAGAGAGAGAGAGAGAGAGCAUGAGAAGGGGAGGGGCAAAGAGAGAGAGGGAGACACAGAAUCCCAAGCAGGCUCCAGGCUCUGAGCUGUCAGCACAGAGCCCGACAUGGGCCUCGAGCCCACCAACCGUGAGAUCGUGACCUGAGCCGAAGUUGGACGCUUAACCAGCUGAGCCACCCAGGCGCCCCAGGCCACCUCUUUUUAAAUCCCAGACAAAGACUGGUCACCUUCCUUGGGUGACUUCUCAGCUCCCUCUCUUCCCCACCAAGUAUCUGUCCCUAGGGGGAUAGCUGGCCGGCCUUAGGUUUGGGGCAGAGAUGUGACCCUCUCUGCUCCCAACUGGUACUACCACCUUGUCAGUUCCUCUGGAUCCCUGGCUUCAGGGUGCCCUGGAGUGGAAGCCUCUGGAAGGUCUCAAGGUCUGGCUGGGCCAGGCUCACUCUGAACCUGCAGCAGAGACUUGGGCUGCGCCCAUCUUGGCCGAGAGGCUCACUCUGCCUUGGACACAAUUCAGACCAAAGAGUAAAGGAGGUUUGUUCCUAAAGCAGAGACCAGAAGUAGGCACACAGAGGGCUCUCUGCUUUGGAGUUGAAGCUUUUAAAGAUUUGUUUUCUUUAAAUAUCCUGCUGCAGGAAAGAGAAGCCAAAAAUCAAACAUUGCUGAGACAUAAAUUUCAGGUGACUUUAAAGGCACAAUUUGUUUAGUUUCCGUCCCACCCUGUUUCUGCUCAGUAGGGUCUCGGGACGUGUCCCUGGGGUUUGGGGGUGGGUCCACACCCACCUAGCUCAUCUAUCCAGCUUCACCAGGAGGUCUCCUCAGUACCCGAUCCAGCCAGUGGGCCUCCUGGCACAUCCUGACCCCAAACUUGGUCCCAGGGAGGGUCUGUGCACAUCCAGCUCAGGAAGUGGAUGUGACUUUCCUCCAUCCUCAGCUGCUUUGGCACUGUUGAUUAUACCCUCUUUCCUGAAAACUCUCUUUUCAUCCUUGACCUCAGGGAUCAGACGUACUUGCUUCUCCUCCUAACUCCUGCCCUAUGACUCUCCCUCUCACCACCUACCAGGAAAACUUCCAGGCUCUGUCCUGUUGCAGAACUCUUGCAGAACUCAUGCCCUUGCCUUCAGCAGUGCUGGGCCCUGCCAGUGCCCCAGGCUCUGGCCUUAGGUUUUUUCUUUUUUUCCAGCUUUACCAGGUUAUAAUCGACAGAUAAAAUCAUAAGGUACGUAAAGUGUACAACAUGAUAAUUCGCUAUCUCUAUACAUUGUGGAAGGAUUCUCCCCAUUGAAUUGGCCUUAAUUUUCUGAUUGAAUGAUUUCCUUGGAGUCCUACCGGAGGCUCAGGGGUCCUUCCGUAUCCUAGCACAGUGGGGAAAGGAGUGAAAGCAAAGACAAAACCAGCCAUUGAGUGAAAGGAGCGCUUGGGUAGCAUGAGGAAGCAGCUGAGCAGGGUGCCAGGGCCUGGAUCCGUGGGAGAGGGUGUCUGGGUGUCCCAGCCUGUUCCCAAGCCUAAUCCAAGGGUGUCCCAAAAGAGGGGCCUUGACCAACGAGGAGCAGGGUGGGAGGAAACCUCUGGGCAGCCUCAUUUGCCCUCUUGGUCCCCAGGGUCCCUGCUGUGGUAGGGACCACAUGGUAAGCCCUGGUAAGGAUAGGGAGGGAGGGCACUGGGUGGAGGAACUUGCAGAGGAGAAACCAAUCAAGAGCUUAGUGAUGUCAUCUAGGGAGGGGCCUGAACUGGGAUAGUGGGGCUAAAAGUUCAUUCAUUCAACAAAUACUCAAUAACUACAAUGUAUCCAGGAGGUAAUGAAAUUGGAUUUAAAAAAUAAUGUGUUCAUGGAUGGCAUAUCGUUAAUUUUCAAUCUUAUGUAUGUAUUUCUGUUUUUGUUUUUUUAUUUUUUAACAUUAAAACACAUUUUUUUUUUUAAUGUUUAAUUUUGAGAGAGAGAGGGAGACACAGAAUCCCAAGUAGGCUCCGGGCUCUGAGCUGUCAGCACAGAGCCCGAUGCGGGGCUCGAACCCAAGAACCAUGAGAUCAUGUCCUGAGCCCAAAUCAAGAGUCAGACGCUCAACCAACUGAGCCACCCAUGUGCCCCUAUAUAUGUAUUUUUAAAAGACUGGAAGCAAGCUCAUCAGAUGCUUAUGGUGGAUGAGCAAGUGCUUCCUAGCUGGAGGUGGGGGGAGGGGGGAUUCUGACUGUCAGCCUGGGUGUUUGGACACCUGAUUUCUAGGCCCAGCACUUCCUCUGUGGGUUUGUGUGACUGCAAAAAGCCCUUCCCCUCUCUGGACCUGUUCCCUUAUCUGUGGAAUGAUGAUAUGGAACCAAAAGAUCUGUGACUCCUUCCAGUGCCGAUGUUACCUGAGAACAGGGGGGUUAUGGGCACUUUCGCUGGCUUGGCUGGGGCUGCUCUGCUCUGUGGCCACUGCAGGCCCCUCUCCUGGAGGGCUCCACAAAGGGGAGGUAGUGGCCCACAGCCUGCUAUGCUGUCAGGCUCUGAUCUCAAGUUAGAAUCAUGUCUCUCAUCUGUUCACACCUAGUUUGAACCAUGAAAGCCUUCCCACCCUCCACUCACCUCCCAGCCCUUCAGUUCUGGCCAUCUGAACUUGGCACAGAGGGGACUGUGACAAAGCUGCUGCCUUCAUAGCCUUGAUGGCCCUGAAGCCUCAGUCAGGAAGUGAGGGCACCAGCCAGACCAGGGGGUAACGUAUCAUUUAUGUGUCCCCAGUGUGCAAGACACUGUCUGACUCACUCAUUCUCCACAGUGGCCCUGGAUGGGAGGUUUGAGUGUCACCUUUGUCUCAUGGAGGAGGAGGUGAGAGGUAAAACCGUGGGUCCAGUCACACAGCUGUGAGCUGCUGUCCCGGCAUCAGAGCAAAAAGCAGCCAGAGUCCCAGGCUGCUCUUCCAAGGGUAGUGGAGAGUCUCCAGCUGCCAUCAGACCCUGACUCCUGACCCCCUGCCAGAAUUCGGUAUGUGGUGGCAGGGGGUGAAUCCAUUUCUGAUUAGACCCACUGGAAACCCAAUUGUCUUCCCUAGAAAAUCCCAUUGACAGCAUUGCUUUUCCUCUCUUUGUUCUCCGGGCUCUGAGUCUCCCAGACUCCCCAGCAGUCAGCGGAUCCAGUACCUUCUGGCAUCUUUCUGUGAUGAAAACAAGCUCCUGAAUGGGAGAGAAGUUAAGGUCCCCAGCCAUCCUGCUGUCCCCCUCGUGUUGAGCUGGCCUCAGGGACCUGCUUCUUGCUUUCACAACUUUCUUAUUUGACCUUAUUUGGUCAACUGUCUUUUUUCCCCAGCCUGCUCCCCCGCCCCCAUACCACUGGUUUUUCUUCUUUAAAUUCUAAAAUAGGAGGGCAGGGUAAAUUAUGUCCUUUCUUCUAUCUGGGCCUCAGAUUUUAGGCAGGCUUUGAGAUAAGUAAAAAGUACUGUCUUAUCAAAUGCUUUCACUGUUUCAUGUUGACUGCUGGCAUUAUAGUAAUAGUUUUUGAAUAUUCAUUGCACAUAUCCAGGAAUGUGGAGUAUUCUGGGUUAAUUGGCCCUCCUUGGAUUAGCCUGAGUACCUGAAUACCAUGAUAACCCUGUUUCAGUGGCCAAGUGUCUUUAGACCACAUCUUGGAAUAUAAUCUAGUUGGAAAUUGGGGGCUGCCUGUAAUUCGUAACAAAUUCAAAUCUGCUGCAUCUUGGGUGGGAUUCCUAACCUUGCUUAUUUGGCUAAUAGUCCAUACGUCAUAGGACUGUUUUAAGUAUUACAUGAGGUAAGGUAUGGGAACAUGCCAGCACAUAAUGAGUGCUUGAUAAAUAUCCCACGCUGUUUACCACUGCACACUGCCCUGGGGGCUCGUGUCUUAGCCUCUCUGAACCCCAGUGUUUUCAUCUAUGAACUGGGGCCACAGCCCUGGACUUGCUCUGACUACCUUGUAGGUUGGCAGUGAAGUACCAAGCAGAGAGUGUGAAAGCACCUUCUAUGCUGAAGGCGCAAAGCACAAUUAAGAGAUUGUUACAUGCAAGCCCCAUGGCACCGCUUAAUUGACUUGUUUUUAAAGAGCUAAAGCUCCAGUCCCCAAACUCUUAAGUCCCGGUGAGACUAGGCCACACCGAGCUCGGGAGUCACGGAGUCGGGCUGUGCCUGCCCACAUAGCUGUAGAGACCUGACCUGUAAUGAAGGGCAUAUAUGUCCUCUCCCUUCUGCGGGUGUCUGCCUUCGGUCCCCAGCCCUGGGUUUUCAGGCACCAACUGGCAGGAGGUAUGUGCUCUGACAGUGUGGCCGGGAUGCCCAGAUGAGCUGGCCUCUCAGUUCACAGUUGGGCCCUAGGGCUCCUUGUCCUCUGUGUCCCUCUCUCCUAGCAGGGCAGUGGGGGUCUUGGUCCUUGUCCUCCAAGAGGGCCAGUGACUCCUCAAGGCAGAAGUCCCCACACCCACAGCUGCUACACACCUACCCGGGGAGGGGUGGGUUCAAGCUGCCCAUCUCUUACCUCAGGGUCUUCCAAAUCAUGUUACAACAGCUUUCAUGUCCCUUCCCCAGAGGACUUUGGAUUUGAUAGUUAAGUAUUUAUUGUGAUGACUAUUGGAAAAGCCUGUAGCUGGCUCAAAAGAGGCCUGGCCUACCAAGAAGGGAAGAAUUUGGAGACAGUUUUUAUUUAUUUUUAUUUAUUUAUUAAAAAAAAAUUUUUUUUUAACGUUUAUUUAUUUUUGAGACAGGGAGAGACAGAGCAUGAAUGGGGGAGGGACAGAGAGAGAGGGAGACACAGAAUUGGAAGCAGGCUCCAGGCUCUAAGCCAUCAGCCCAGAGCCUGACGCGGGGCUGGAACUCACAGACCGUGAGAUCGUGACCUGAGCUGAAGUCAGACGCUUAACCGACUGAGCCACCCAGGCGCUCCGCGACAGGAGUUUUUAAAAUGCAUCAUUUAAAAGGAACAGAAGAGGCUGCAUAUAUUAAUCUAUUGCAUGGGCCCUGUGUUCUUUAGCAAAGCAUAUUUUUUACAAAGUGAGACGAUUUGAAGCUGACUUGAUGAGAAACACCAAGUAAAAAAGUAAAGCAGGUGAUGUGCAGGUAUGGAAAAACCUGUGACGGGACAUUGAGUGACCAAAGUUUGGGAAAUGCUGUUUUCCAUUUAAUUCUCACAACAGUCCUGAGAGUAUGUGUCAUUGUCUCCCUUUCCAGAAGCAGAAACAGGUGCAGAGAGGUGAGGCGAGUUGCCCCAGCUCACUCAGUGAGGGAGUGGAGGGGUUAAAACAAUGGCCAUGACCAGUCUUCAGUGGGGUUGCGUGGCCUGGAGGGAGGGCUCCUGCACAGGACACUGAGCCGGGGUGGCGGAGCUCAGGGCUGACAGUUCAGAGCUCGCCCCUGUGUUGGUGAGCUGUGCCAGGCAGGGGCUUGUCCCCGCACCAGAAACGGUUGCAUCAGACUGGCUGACCUCAUGCCUGUGGCAGCACAGAUAGCGAGGCUGAUUGGGGACUAGGGAGGGGAGACGACCAGAAGGAGAACCAGGCAGAGACAAAAAGGCAGGCAGAUACCUGCCUGGCUGAGCACCACAAGAAUCCAGAACCCAGAAUGUGGAGGAGGAACAAAGUAAGACACCCUGAGGGCCUUUUAACCACUGGUCUGGCCUAGAGUUGGCCUCCAACAGGCUUCUAAAGCUUGAUAUGAUAGUAGGUGAGAAGAGUUUGAGUCAAAGGACAGCUAUAAACUCUGCAAAUGCAUCCGUUCCCAUCCACCCAGACACUGGACACUGUCCUUACUACAGCCCCCACCCCCCCCCCAACACACACUGUGACUCAGGUCGGGGACCUUCCUACCUGGACAGCCAUCACAGAUUUUUUGCCCUGGUGCCUCUUAAAAAACUCCUAGGAUGUGCUCUCACCCUCAGAGUGACAUGUUGCUGACCUGUCCCUCUGCCUUUGUUCUGUUGUCACCAUAAAGUUUAAUGGCCAUGUGUCGUGGCUGUAGUUGCCAGAGAUGUAAACUCAGGUUCAAAUAAAACAAACCGGUAAUGAGCACCCAUGACAGCCUA